AUGAAUAUGGAGAUUUUGUCUGAAUCAGAUUUCAACAUCCUUGAAUCUUUUCAACGUUUCUUAGAUAGUUUUGACGAAUCUCAACCUCCUCCACCGCCGCCAACAACAACUUCCACCUGCAAUAAUAUUGUUCUUAAACCUUCCUAUAACCGGAGUUCAAGUUUUGGUUGUAUCUGUUUCAAUGAAAGUUGGGGUGAUUUGCCUUUAAAGAUUGAUGAUUCCGAAGAUAUGCUGCUUUACACUACUUUACACGAUGCGGUAAACUCAGGGUGGAGCCCUUUAAAAGACGUUGAUUCGAAAGCGGUUGAAUGCAGCGAAGAGAAGGAUAGGAUCAAAGCGGAGCGUAAACCCAACGUGCCCCCGUCGAGGGGGGCGAGCUUUAAAGGAGUGAGGAGAAGGCCGUGGGGGAAGUACGCGGCAGAGAUAAGGGAUCCUAAGAGGAACGGUUCGAGGAUUUGGCUGGGGACUUACGAGACGCCUGAGGAUGCUGCAUUGGCUUACGAUAGAGCCGCUUUCGAAAUGCGUGGGGCUAAGGCUAAAUUGAAUUUCCCUCACUUGAUUGGCUCUAGUGAUCGGGAGCCGAUCAGAGUGGGCUCAAGGCGUCGCUCACUGCAACCUCCAGCUUCCCCACCGCCCCCCAAGAGAAGGAAGAGUACGGGUGCAAGUAACUCGACGGCUACAGCCGAGGAACCGGGGAACGCAACCUUAGCUGCGCCAAUGGAGGUCAUUCAAAUGAGUUCAUGGACACCUGGAGACCAGUUUUGGAAUUUCUAGUUA